AUGGCUGAAGUUGGGGGAUCAUACUCUACUUAUCUUACAAAAAAACAAGAAGAUGAACUUAGAGCUAUUUGUGCUAAGAUACUUGCACCAGGUAAAGGAAUUCUAGCUGCUGAUGAAUCUACAGGUACUAUUGGAAAACGUCUUGAUACAAUUAAACUUGAAAAUAAUGAAACCAAUAGAAUUAAAUAUCGUGAACUUCUCUUUACAACCCCAUAUCUUGGAGAAAAUAUUUCUGGUGUUAUUCUUUAUGAAGAGACAUACAAUCAAACUGCUUCUAAUGGAGAAAGAUUUGUUGAUAUAUUAAAAAAGAAAGGUGUUGUUCCUGGAAUUAAACUUGAUCUUGGAGUUGUACCAUUAGCUGGAACUAUUAAUGAAGGAACUACACAAGGUCUUGAUAAUCUUGCUAAAAGAUGUGCUGAAUUUAAGAAGGGAGGUUGUGAUUUUGCUAAAUGGCGUUGUGUUUUAAAGAUUCAAUCUCAUACACCAUCUAAUGUUGCUUUAUUUGAGAAUGCCAAUGUUCUUGCUCGUUAUGCUUCCAUCUGCCAACAAAAUGGGUUAGUACCAAUUGUUGAACCAGAAGUUCUCUGUGAUGGUGAUCAUGAUCUUGCUAGAUGUCAAAAAGUUACCGAACAAACUCUUGCUUACGUCUACAAGGCUCUUUCUGAUCAUCAUGUUUAUUUGGAAGGAACACUCUUGAAACCAAAUAUGGUUACUCCAGGACAAUCAUACAAAGGUCAAUGUACUCCAGAAGACAUUGGUCUUGCCACAGUAACAGCUCUUCGUCGUGCUCUUCCUGCAGCUGUUCCAGGAGUUGUCUUCUUAUCUGGUGGUCAAUCUGAAUUAGAAGCUUCAAAGAACUUGAAUGCUAUCAAUCAAUGUAAGCUUCUCAAACCAUGGGUCUUAACAUUUAGUUUUGGAAGAGCCCUCCAAGCAUCUGUUCUUAAGGCAUGGGGUGGAAAAGAUUCAAAUAUUAGUGAAGCUCAAAAAACACUCUUAACAAGAGCCAAAGCUAAUGGAGAUGCUUCUUUAGGAAAAUAUGCUGGGGAAUCUUCCUCAAGUGCUGCUGCAGAAAGUCUUUUUGUAGCUAAUCACUCAUAUUAA